AGAGAGAGAGAAAGGAAAAAAAAACUCUUGUGGAUGCGACUGUGACCACCUAAGUCUUGGAUACUGAGAAGAUUUCAAUGAAAUCUUCCGUGAAAAUCCCCACCUAUUCACUUUGUGGAUCUAUUUAAGAGCCUUUGCAGCGUUUUAGUUCAAAGCGCACUUGCGUCUGACCUAAAGAUGUACUCCCUUGGGAAAUACUGCGUGCUUUUGCUUUUGCUUGAAAGCAGCCUGUCGGACUCGGGAACCUCAAACCAAGUGGUUCUGUUGGACACCACGACAGUGCUAGGAGAGCUGGAUUGGAAGACCUAUCCUGUCAAUGGGUGGGACGCUAUCACGGAGAUGGAUGAGCAGAACAGACCUAUUCACACCUUCCAGGUUUGCCAUGUAAUGGAGCCAAACCAGAACAACUGGCUGCGGUCUGGAUGGAUUCAACGACAAGCUGCACAGCGGGUAUAUGUAGAGCUGCGUUUCACCCUGAGAGAUUGCAACUCCAUUCCUUGGGUGUCUGGCACCUGUAAGGAAACCUUCAACCUCUUUUACCUGCAGACAGCUGAACCACUUCCUGCAGGGACACGCUUUCGACCCACUGACUACGCCAAGGUGGACACCAUAGCAGCAGAUGAAAGCUUCACACAGACAGAUCUUGGUGAUCGUGUUCUUCGCCUCAAUACUGAGGUCAGAGAGGUGGGACCAGUGACACAGAAGGGCUUCUACUUGGCCUUUCAAGAUGUGGGAGCUUGUAUUGCCCUUGUCUCUGUAAAGGUAUUUUACAAGCGAUGCUCGUCGACUUUAAGGAACCUGGCAGUGUUUCCUGAUACAGUGCCACACAUGGACUCGUCGUCUCUGGUAGAAGUGAGGGGUGCAUGUGUGGAGAAUGCUGAAGAGAGGGACACACCUAAACUGUAUUGUGGUGCUGAUGGAGACUGGCUAGUACCACUGGGCCGCUGCGUCUGUAGCAUCGGACACGAGGAGAUGGAUGGCCACUGCCGAGCCUGUAAGCCUGGCUUCUUCAAGGCAUUUGCCGGGAACACUAAAUGCUCUAAGUGUCCUCUGCAUAGCUCCAGCCAUGACCAGGCUGCCACCAUCUGCCACUGCGAUAAAAGCUUCUACAGGGCUAUCAAAGACCCCUCCACAAUGGCAUGCACAAGGCCUCCAUCAGCUCCUAGAAACCUGGUCUCAGUCAUCAACGACACUGCUCUUUUCUUGAAAUGGUUGCCUCCCAGUGAUACAGGAGGCAGGAACGACAUCACUUACAACAUCCUGUGUCAGCGCUGUGGUGGAGGUGACAGUGGUUUCACACAGUGCGAGCCAUGUGAGCCGGACCUGCGCUUCAUCCCUCGGCCACUUGGUAUAACCGGUACCUUCGUUGCAAUACUAGAUUUUGCAAUGCAGGCCAACUACACCUUCCAUGUGGAGGCUGUGAAUGGAGUCUCUGGUUUGGGUGUGGCUGCACGCUCACUGGCAAAUGUUACUGUCAACACGCACCAAGCUGGUCCUGCUUUUGUGGGUGUCAUCAGGAAAGACUGGGCCUCCUACAACAGCAUUGCCCUCUCCUGGUCAGAAGUGGAACAGCCAGCAACAGACAUAGUGGACUAUGAAGUCAAAUACUAUGAGAAGGAGCAAGAGCAGCUGAGCUACUCAUCAACACGGACCAAAACUCCCAGCGUGGUGGUAACAGGCCUCAGACCCUCCACUGUUUACGUCUUCCAUGUGCGAGCUCGCACUGCUGCUGGCUACACGGCUUACAGUACCAACUUUGAGUUUGCAACUGCAGCUGAGGAUCCAGACAUCGCUGAUCAGGGUCAGGUUCUGGUGGUUGUCACAGCUUCUGUUGGCGGCUUCUCUCUUUUGGUCAUCCUAACACUCUUCCUUCUCAUCACUGGACGGUGUCAGGGGUACAUCAAAGCCAGGAUGAAGUCAGAGGAGAAGAGGACUCGCUUCCACAGUGGGCAUGUACCAUUCUCUGGGAUAAAGACUUAUGUGGACCCGGACACAUAUGAAGACCCCACUCAGGCUGUGGAGGAAUUUGCCAAAGAGAUAGACCCCUCAUACAUAUGCAUCGACAGGGUGAUUGGUCUUGGUGAAUUUGGAGAAGUGUGUAGUGGUUCCUUGCGUAUACCUGGAAGGAAGGAUGUGAAUGUGGCAAUAAAGACACUUAAAGGUGGCUACAUGGAACAACAGAAACGAGAGUUUUUGCGUGAGGCCUCGAUAAUAGGACAGUUCAACAACUCCAACAUCAUCAGGCUGGAAGGAGUAGUCACCAAGAGCAGACCAGUAAUGAUUGUGGUAGAGUACAUGGAAAAUGGAACACUGGACACUUUCCUCCGGACACGUGAUGGUCAGUUCACAGUGCUCCAGCUCGUUGGCAUGCUGCGUGGCAUUGCAGUCGGCAUGACCUAUCUUUCAGACAUGGGUUACAUUCACAGAGACCUGGCCGCUCGCAACAUAUUAGUAGAUGAAAACUUGGUGUGUAAGAUAUCAGAUUUCAGCAUGUCUCGAGUCCUUGAGGACGACUCUGAAGCAGCCUACACAGCUACAGGAGGAAAGAUACCAAUUCGCUGGACAGCACCUGAGGCUAUUGCUUAUGGAAAGUUUUCGUCAGCUAGUGAUGUGUGGAGCUAUGGCAUUGUCAUGUGGGAAGUGAUGUCAUAUGGCGAGAGGCCCUACUGGGAAAUGUCCAAUCAAGAUGUCAUUUUAUCAAUUGAAGAAGGCUACCGUCUGCCGGCACCAAUUGGUUGUCCUGUGACCCUGCACCAGCUGAUGCUGCACUGCUGGCAGAAAGAGUCUAGCCAGCGCCCACGCUUUAAUGAUGUGCUUUCCUUCCUUGAUAAACUCAUAAUCAGUCCCAGUAGUCUGCUGACUCAGGUCAAUGAUGCUCUAAGUUUCUCUGACUCCCCAGAGGAAAUGCCUGACUACCCUCUUUUCAUCUCUAUCGGUGACUGGCUUGAUUCCAUCAAAAUGAGCCAAUAUAAGAGCAACUUCCUUGCAGCAGGAUACACAACAUUGGAUUCUAUUUCAACCAUGAGUACAGACGACAUCAAACGCAUUGGGGUGUGUUUGAUUGGCCACCAGAGGAGAAUCAUAAGCAGCAUACAGUCUCUUCGCCUGCAGCUUCAUCACAUCCAGCAGAGUGGCUUUCAAGUGUGAGACCAUUGCACAAAGUCAGACUGUGUUUCCACUCUUAAGUGGAGCUCUUUGGCAUCAUCAUCCAACAAACUGCACAAACACCAGACUGUUAGGUGUUGCCAGUACCACAUGCUGCUCAUGUAAGAACGGUCAGCUGCUAGACCACAUGCUGUCUAGUUAACACGCAUUCAUCAUCUUAUGGAUCAUCUUAUGGACAGCUUCCACAACGAGCCACCUCUUUCGAC